UGGUUUUCCCCAUUUGUUUUUCUCGGUCAUUCUGUUUUUGAAAAAAUUAAACGUGUCUGAUGUUUUCGCCCUUAUAUUUAAACUCAAAGGGAUUUCUAUGCUAUUAGAUUCAAAAAUAAAUUUAGAAAAUGCCAGCCAAAUCAAAGCCGAGACUUUCGCGUGGUGUCCUGGACAUGAAGUUCAUGCAGCGCACAAAAGUUAAAGUGGAAAAGGAGGCAGCCGAUGAGCAGAGCAGGGCACUGUACUCCAACGAGAUCAACCAGAAGAUGCUCAAUUCCACCUCGAAUUUCGUGGUUGAGUCCAGCUACUCGAUUUGCGCCGGCCUGAUAGACGGACGCCUCAGUUUCCGCGGCAUGAAUCCGGAGCUAGAACUUCUCAUGGAGCAGGAUCUGGUGGAAAAGCAGGGCCGCACAAGGCCGGAGCAGCCCAAGGAAGUAUCUGACCAAGACAUGGUAAAGGCUUAUUAUGCCAACAAGGCUCCCACAGUCUCCGGCAGCAUGAGCAAGAAGUUUAACACCAAAAAGGACUUCAAAAGGAAGCAAAUCGGCGGAGAUAGUGAGAGUCCGCAUGCCAUGAAGAGGCACCACUUUAAGAAACCACGCUCGGAUGACGAAUAGUUUACUACUUAGUUAUUACACUCGUGACUUAGUUUUUAUUUAAAUAAAAAUACGAAUUCAAUUGUA